GGCGGGCGCCCGGGGCCGGGCUGGGGCUGCUGCCCCGGGGAGGGUCCCCGGGGAGGUGGGAGCCCGGCGCUCCCCGCCCUCGGUAGGGCAGGGCAGGGCAGGAGGGGCUUUCCUUCCCUUCCCUGCCGGGUUAUCCAAGCCCCGGCUACGCUGGGGCAGGAGCUGCUGGAGGGAAGCCGGUUCCGCGUGGGGGGACCGGAGGAUCACACGGAGGUGUUACAUGUUUGUGGGCUUAGCUCUGGAUUAAACACCUUUAAAAGGCUCUUUAGCCUAAGCAUGGGCUGUUGCGACUGAGUUUAUCAUCGCGCUGCCUUCCCACCGCAGCAGAGGCGUCACUGAAAGGACUGGCUCGCGUUUGUUUGUUUGCGUUUGUGCUCCUUCUGUGAUGAAAUAAUGGAGAGUGUCUGGGAUAUAGGCGUCUGUAGAAAACCUCGCUUAUUUUACCUAAGUUAAGUGAUGGAACCAUACACUAAAGAAAAAAAAUCAUCCUUGGGUCUUUGGUGUUUGUGUGAAAGAAUCUAAGAUGUUUCAAGAAAAGGCGUCAGCGAAUUGCUUAAAUAUAGUACCAACAUCUACUGAAGAUGGUGCUUUCCAAAAGAAAGGCCAUAGUGCUCGAGUCCUUAGCCCAGAAGAAGCAGAAAAACUGGCAAAAGAACAGGUUUUAGUGUCUGAGUUCAAACAGCUAAAACUGGAGAAAGAGGCACAGAAGAACUGGGAUCUAUUUUACAAAAGAAACAGCACCAACUUCUUCAAAGACAGACAUUGGACAACCAGAGAGUUUCAAGAGUUAAAGGCAUGUCGUGAGUUUGCAGAUCAAAAGCUGACCAUUCUGGAAGCAGGCUGUGGGGUUGGGAACUGCUUGUUUCCACUCUUAGAAGAAGAUAAGAAUAUUUUUGCAUAUGCCUGUGAUUUCUCUCCUAGAGCUGUUGAGUAUGUGAAGCAUUGUGACCAAGAACCACAAGACACAGCAUUUAUCAUGCAAAAGAUGGGAAGAAAUACCUGUGGCAAACAGAAGAGGACAGCAGCUCCCUGGGAUGCUGUGACUGCACCCCAAGAUGAGAAAAAUGCCUUAUACAGUGCUGAAAGAUGUAAAGUGUUCCAGUGUGAUCUUACCAAAGAUGAUCUUCUAGACAAUAUACCAGCAGAUUCUGUGGAUGUUGUCACACUUAUAUUUGUGCUUUCUGCCAUUCAUCCUGACAAAAUGCAUCUUGUCCUGAGGAACAUUUACAAGGUGUUAAAACCAGGCAAGUGUGUUCUGUUCCGAGACUAUGGCCUGUAUGACCAUGCAAUGCUCAGGUUUAAAUCAGGCAGCAAACUUGGGGAAAACUUUUAUGUCAGACAAGAUGGGACAAGGUCAUAUUUUUUUACUGAAGAGUUCUUAUCUCAGCUUUUCAAGGCUGAGGGAUAUGAGCAAGUGGUCAAUGAAUAUGUGCAGCGAGAAACUGUGAAUAGGAAAGAAGACUUGCGCGUUCCAAGAGUUUUUCUUCAAAGCAAGUUUCAAAAGCCUUUCAGGGAGACAUAAGUUCUUGCUCAUCAGCAACAGCAUUGCUUGUUUGAAAUGGAAGCUAGCUGUGUGCUCAUCUUUCUGGUGAACCAAAAAUGUUGGCAUCCAGUACCUCUUGUUGGUUUCCAUCCUAGGAUACAAAAUAUGAAUUCUAUUUCUAAUUCAAUUUUAAGACGGUUUAGUGAUGCAGGCAACCUGUUGAGCAUCUGUAUUCCUGCUUCUAAAAUAAAACCUGUGCCACAUUGUUAGAGGAGCAGGUAAAGCAUAUAAAUAAA